CACAGGGAGCAUCGAGAAAUUAACCGUGGGUUGUAUCCUAAUAAAAACUUUGGGAUGAGUUUAAAAGAAAUUGAAACUAUGGAAGAGUUUGGUAAACCGCCCGUCAAGUGGUUGGGGCUAGUGUCUAUGGCUGCAGCUCUUCAUGAGACUUCAGGAGCCUCGUGCUACUUCAGAAUCUGGGGGUAGCCGAAGUCAUCAGCUCCCAGUCCACGUGAGACGCAGGCCUGCCAGGGGGCGCAAACUCCGCUCUCCAUCGCCCUGCCUGCCGCUCCCCCCUGUCUGCAGCGCGACCUGACCGAGACAGAGCGAGGGAACGAGUGAGGGAGAGAUGUCCCGGCCGCUCCUCCUUCUCUGCUCCUCCCUGCUUGUUCUCCACGUGACGUGCACACCCCAGUACUACAGUCACCCCGGGAGGCGGGUGUGUGGCAGAGAUGUCCCCCAUCACAGCAACGUCGUCCAAUCAGAGUCCUUCAUCCAGCCGAUCCACAAGCCCUACAUCACGCUCUGUCAGGGCCACCGCCUCUGCAGCACCUACAAGACGGUGUACAGAGUGUCCUACCGGCAGGUGAACCGAGUGGCCGCGGUAUCACACUCAUAUCCAGAAUGCUGUCCGGGGUGGAGGAGAGUCCACUCUCACAACUGUAACCAAGCGGUUUGUGCCCAGGCUUGUGUGAAUGGAGGCACCUGCAUGAGGCCCAAUCACUGUGCCUGUCCCUUGGGCUGGAUGGGACGACGCUGCCAAACAGACAUGGACGAGUGCAGUGGAGUGAACCACUGCUCCCAGUACUGCUUCAACACGGCGGGCAGCUACCGGUGCGGCUGCAGGGAGGGGUACCGCCUGGCUGGGGACGGGCGCUCCUGCGAGACCCUUCCGCCGCCUCCCACGCAGACCAGCCAGCCCAAACCAGCCGAUCUCCCCCCCUCCCACAGCGAUGCAGGGGCACGACCGGGAGCCACAGAGAACAUGACGGAGGAGGUUCAGAACCUGAAGAACCGAGUAGAGCUGUUAGAACAGAAGCUGCAGUUGGCCCUAGCGCCCGUCAGCAGCCUCUUCCCGAUGUCUCUGGAUGAAGGCGUGGCCGAGAGGACGAGCUUCCUCACUCACUCCAUCCAGCAGCUGGACCGCAUCGACUCGCUGAGCGAGCAGGUCGGCUUCCUGGAGGAGCGCCUCGGGACCUGCUCCUGCAGAGACAAUUAGACACACAAGACCAAGGUUGGGUUUCUGUCUGCAUUCAGGUCUUUUCCAGCACGGAUCGUCAAAUCCGAGUCGCCUAUCCCUGCAGUUUUACAACCCCUGAUGGAAGACGUAAAUUCCUAAUACCACUCGUGUUUGUCAGAGAAUGAAUAAUAAGAAGCAAGUCAAGGUCCUGUCUGAGCAAAAUCUUAGCUUUUCCCCUCGAGCUGAUUAAAACGGCCUGUAAUCUGUAUUUAUUUUUUUUUUUGUUCAACAUGCACUCGUUUUUUUUUUUUUUUAAAGAUGGUGUUGAUGAUGAUGCUGCAAAUGUAACCCCGCCAGAUUAGGAAAGUGACACCAGAUCUGGUUUUGUCCUGUAUUGUGAAUUACCCCUCCCUAAGCUGUCCCGUGUGAAUUGGACUUUUGUUUAGCAAGGUGGUGCGGGAUGGGGGACCAGACUGGACCCAGUAUUGCUCUCUGUUUCAGUGUCUUCAGUGUUUGUACUCUGCUAUUUUUCUGCAGCUGGCUCUUUGUCCAAAUCAAACAUGGUCUUAAGAGCAAACCUGGAUGUCUGUAUUUAUGUAUUUAAGUUAUAAUUUCAUGUGCUUGUGUAGACGUGAUAGAUGAAUUGCGGCCGUCUUUUUGUAAUAAAAACAAAUUUGCCAGAAA